AUGAGAGAAUCCAAUGUCAGCGUUGUUUGGAACAAUAGAGCCUCCGUUACGAUCAACACGGUUUUGUAUGACCGGCGGGCUCUUGACUGUGAUUCAGAAAUGGCGCUUAUGAAUUCCUUGAGUCAUCUUGCGUACUUAACGUCCACUUCACCCAAAAUCAGAGAAAUAUUAACCAUAGACGGUGGCUUAGUUCGUUUGAUGAAUAUUUUGCGAGCUGGAAGAGGACAAACGUUUGCUCGUAUGACUAUUUGGCAGCUAGCCUUGCAAUGUGUCGUCAAUGUCGGUAUCCGAGGUUCUGAAGCUAUUAGGAUCCGUGUUGUUGAAGCAGGAAUCGUUCCGAUCGUUGUGACACUCUUGGAUGAUUUUUUGUUUGCCCUUGAAUCUGUGGUUCCUUCUACGAAUCGACCACCAGUUGCUUUCACAUCUGUUUCCACGCCUCCACCAAACAACUCUUUAGCUCCGUUAGACUCAAACUCCAUGGAUGCGAUUACUGAAAAUAACUCUCCUUUAAAUUCAUUAUUUGUAGGCAGUGAGUCCUCUUCUCCUCACCUGAAUAACACCUCUGGACGGAGGAACAUUGCUAUUGAGGUUAGAGACAACGAUUUUCAAAAUCGAACUCGCUCGACAAACCGCGAAGAUACUGGACGAGAAUUUACAGAGACCGGUUCUUCCCAGGGUCAUUCUGCUGUCUUUCCCCAAGACGCAUAUGGUGAUUCUCAAGUCCAAUCUCCAUUUACCCUUCCAAGAUUGCCAUCUUCAACCUCAACUACGUCCUUGUCUAACGAAAAUAUCAAUCCCGCCUCAUCCCCUUCUUCCCCAAAUUUGCCCCAAAACCCAGCUGUUUCUGGAGGCAGCUCAAAUCCCGAAACUGCUUCUUCUGGUCCCUCUGAUUCUUCAAAUCUCUUCACACCUUUACCUGUAAACCCUUUAAAUUCAGUCCAAGAAUCGUCUCGUGUAUCAGAUCAAUUAUCUAUGUCCAUAGCUCAGCAACAGGCAAUCAUUCGCCGACGCCGUGCUCAGAGAGCAAUAUCUAUUCCAACUCCCUUAGUAUUGUUCGAAGCACGACGAUUAGAAAAUACUGCGGACUUUCAAGGAAUUGCUUCUUUUUUCGAUAAUUUCGACAAAAAAAUUAAUAAGCUCCCUAGGGAGGAGGAUAUACUUUACGGGUUGCAAAUCUUGGCAUAUACAAGUAAAAAUUACUUCCACUUACGCUCCCAUUUUGAAGCAUCCAAAGACGUGCCUGGCUUACGCAUGUCACCCUUGCGCAGUGGGAACAGAGUAUGGAAUACAUUUCAGCUUGUUGAGCAGUUUACCUUAAAACUGUAUCCUCCCCAAAUUCAGUACUGGGCUAGAGCUAUAAUGAACAAUUACUGUCGAAAGGAUGAAAGCCGUGGUGGAAUUCGUCGUUGCGCAAGUUUACAAUGCAAUAAAUGGGAAGAACAUAGUCGACAAUUUGCCAAAUGCAGGCGUUGUCGUCGUACAAAAUAUUGCAGCAAGGAGUGUCAGCAACAAGCAUGGCCAGGACAUAGUCGGUGGUGCCGUGUGAUCCACAAAGAUGUUCGAUCUUCUAGACGAGACAUUGGAAAGCAAGCUUCUCAAACGUCGGGAGCGGAAGUUGAAUCAGAACCUCUUACAACGAACUCUGGUGUCGUGAUACCUAGUAAUACUCCAGAAGCGACUGACGCCAACUCGUCAACCGCAACUAUACAAAACUCUAAUACAUAA